AGAACUGUGCUCUUGGGCAGUGUUUGCUGGUUAUUGGUGGGGACUCUCACCCACAGCCCUUCAAAGGAGGCAGUUAACGACUCUGUGGACUUUGGGCUAAGGAGGUGGUGAUACACGGGCCUGGGCGAUGUGGCUGGAAAUGGAGAAACCCUGGAAUGUGGUGAAUGCUUUUGCUCCCAAGGAGGUGCGUAUGUCCAUGGAGGCCAGAGAGAGGAGCCUAAGGAGAAUCUGGUUCCAGUGUGGACUGCCUCCCACGGACCUAGGUUUUUAAGCACCCUUGCUCAGCUCGCGCGAGAUCAGGGUGGGCCAGAGGGGUUCCCUAGAGGCAGUUUGCCAGCGUCAGCGGUUGUCUUCACGUGCUUUCGGUCCUGUCUAGGACUCAGACGCAGGGCAGCCAGAUGCGAUGUGGGGCUCUAGGGCCCAGCAAUCAGGUCCGGAUAGGGGCAGGACCUGCCUGCUGGCUGUUCUCUUACUCUCUUUCAGCCUCUUCCAGCUACAUGCGCAGGACUACAAGCCCUCACAAACACCUCCACCCACAUCGGACGCCUUGCUCAAACCAAUGGGCCGUGCCCAGAAGGAAAUCUGUGGCAAGACCAAAUUCCAAGGGAAGAUCUAUGGCGGUUCUAUUGCAAAGGCUGAGCGGUGGCCGUGGCAGGCCAGUCUGAUCUUUCGUGGUAGACACAUCUGUGGAGCGGUUCUCAUCGACAAAAACUGGGUAGCCAGUGCUGCCCACUGCUUCAAAAGGUCUCUCAAACCAUCUGACUACCGGAUCCUGCUGGGGUACAACGAGCUGAGUAAUCCCUCCAACUACAGCCGGCAGAUGACACUGAGUAAGGUCAUCGUGCACGAGGACUACAACAAGCUCCACAGUCGGGAGAAAGACAUUGUCCUGAUCCAGCUGCACCUGCCCGUGCGCUACAGUUCCCACAUUUCCCCAGUCUGUGUCCCCGACCAAACCACCAAGGAGCCUUCUGAUGAGUCCUGCUGGAUAAGUGGCUGGGGAAUGAUGACAGAUGACAAGUUUCUGCACCCACCUUUCCCUCUGCUGGACUCGGAGGUCUUCCUUCUGAAUGACCAGGAAUGCGAGGCCUUUUUCCAGACACCGCAAAUCAGCACCACUGAGUAUGAAGCUAUAAAAGAUGACAUGAUAUGUGCCGGGGACAUCGCCAAUCAGAAAUCCACCUGCCGAGGAGACUCUGGGGGUCCCCUCGUCUGCUUACUGGAUAGCUACUGGUACUUGGUAGGGCUGGCCAGCUGGAGUGGAGCAUGUCUAGAACCAAUACACAGCCCCAGCAUCUUCACCAGGGUCUCUCACUUUUCUGACUGGAUCGAGAAGAAAAAGGCAGACACGCCUGACGUUGACCCCUCCCUCGCACCCCUUGAGGAAACGGCGCCAUCCCUGAUAGGCUGGAGGAAUUACAGUGCAGGCACUACCCUCGAACCCAGGAUCUGCACAACCCUGCUGUCUUCUCAGGUCCUCCUCCUGCAAUCCAUUUGGCUCAGGAUUCUGUGAUUUGCCCGCAGAGCCUUGCUGGCCAUCAUGUCUGCCAGCCAUCAUGUCUGCUGGCCUAGUAACCGAGAGUCACUUUGUAUGAGUGAGUCCAUCUUGUGGGCUCACCUGUCCCGUCUGAGGCCAUGUGGGUUCUAGGCCUGACAGAAUGAAGCAACUAAAGACA